AUGAUCCGGCUGGGCGGCCGGUGUCUGCGGCGGCCCGGUGGGGCCCCGAACGGGCGGCUGCGGGCGUCGGGCGAGGUGGGCGGCCGCGCCUUGCGGGUGCUAGUGGACAUGGACGGCGUGCUGGCCGACUUCGAGGGCGGUUUCCUCAGAAAGUUCCGCGCGCGCUAUCCCGACCAGCCCUUCAUCGCGCUGGAGGACCGGCGCGGCUUCUGGCUGUCGGAUCAGUACGGCCGGCUGCGGCCAGAGCUGAGCGAGAAGGCCAUCAGCAUAUGGGAGUCGAAGAAUUUCUUUUUUGAACUUGAGCCUCUGCCAGGGGCUGUGGAAGCUGUUAAGCAAAUGGCCAAUCUAGAAAACACUGAUGUCUUCAUCUGCACCAGCCCCAUCAGGAUGUUUAAGUACUGUCCUUAUGAGAAGUAUGCCUGGGUGGAGAAGCACUUUGGUCCUGAGUUUCUUGAGCAUGUUGUGCUGACUAGAGACAAGACGGUGAUCUCUGCUGACCUUCUCAUAGAUGACCGGCCAGACAUAACAGGGGCUGAAGCGAACCCCAGCUGGGAGCAUGUCCUCUUCACAGCCUGCCACAACCAGCACCUGCAGUUGUCACCCCCCAGCCGCAGGCUGCACUCGUGGACGGAUGACUGGAAGGCCAUUCUGGACAGCAAGCGUCCCCGCUGAGCCGGACCGUGCCAUGGGUUCCUCGGAGGGACAAGUUGCAGGGCUCCCAGCUCGGGGCACAUAGGGCCAGUGCUCCGGGCUGCGUGGGCCCCUCUGCAGAUAUCCUGGGCCAAGAUGACCUUGCUCUGCACAUCUCUACCUUCCCUGCCCUGCUAGGCCUUAAACUGAUCCCUGGCAGGGCUGGGCCCCUGGACCUUGGGACAAAGACACGGGCACCCAAGCAGUUCUGGCCAGCCAUAGGCAGUGGGCCUUCAUGCUGCCAGAUCCCAGGGACUUAAAACAGGGGGAAGGCUGAGGGGCCUGGUCAAAGGGCCAGCAGCCCCUCUCCAGCCCCACAGAUAAGUUCUCUAAGGGGUCAGGGCCCUGGAAAACAUGGUCCCCUCUUGGGGGGCCCACCAUGCUCGCCACAAAGUCCCAGGAGUGUGGUGACUACUGUACUUCACAGCGCUGGGUGAUGAUGAGUGGGCCUGGGUGGGAGAAGCCCCUGUUCAACCACAGUGGCUUCCUGCGUCCACCUGAACCUCCUGCCUGGGCUCCCCACCAUCUGCUAUGUGUUCAGCAAACACUUGUCGAGUGCCAGUUGCCACCAGGCUCGGUGCUGGAAAGUGGUGCAUGACCCUACCUCGACUAGCUCCAAGGUUUCCCACACCUCGGUCCCCAGAGCCCAUAUGGGGCCCAGCAAAGGGGAGACAGGCUCAAACAUUUGUUGAAUACAUGAAAAAUAAAUGCUGUUCUCAUAUAGCCCGAGGCUGUGGGUGGUGGCCUCCUUUGCCUCCCACCCCCCAGCCUCAACUGCACACUUGUAAGUAUCUGGGUGAUCCCACUGCACUGAGGAGAGAGGGGGAAGAGGGGCGUGGCUCCAGCAUCCUCUUCAGCAUCCCCUGCCUUGCUCACCUGGUUGCUCUGCUCUUGUCAAAUGUCAAGAUUACCCUUUGAACUCACCAGAUAUACUCAGGGCUGUAGGAUACCCUAAAAGGAGCAGCAUGGAAGGAAAUACCAUCCAAUCUGUUGGAAAAGCAGGUGCGUGUGACCCGGGUCACAGAUCCAGGUGUGUAAGAAGUGUUUGUUUAUGUUCCUGUGACAGCCCAGUUCCUGUUGGAGCCCCUGUUCUGCAAAAGUAUCUAUCAGUUCACCCACACCCCUGGCAUGCCCUCUUCACCAGCACUCAUCCGCACCAAGGUGCUGAGCAUUGGGAUACCCAGUGUUGUCCUUGUUGCUCCACUAGGCUGUCCCUGUGUCCAUCAGGUCUCUCAUCCCGGUCCGUGCAGGUCACAGCUGUGCCCUGUCCACUGUCCUCUGAGCCAUGUCCUUGGGAGUGAGUACUCUGAGGCUGUCUCAUGACAUGCCACGCGGCCAUUCCUGUGCUGUUUCUCCCUGCCUCCUUAGAGGAUGGGAGAAAUCUGGUCUUCUGUGGACUCUGCAGAGGAAGGGCACUCCUUUGGGUCCCCACAAACCUGUCAGGAACUCAGGGUGCGGCAGGAUGGUUAGGCUGCCUGUUCCGCGGUUGGGGCAGAUGACUCCUUGCCCCCUCCUGCUGGGGACAAGGUGUUGCUGGCAGCGUGCAGGGGCUGCCUUGCUGAGGUCCCACCUGAGGAGGAAGUGAGGUGGGUUCUCAGCAGAUGCUGGCUGACCCUUCUGAACACUGCCCUGGGAAGUGUAGCCUCAAGUUGGGCAAGCCUGGAGUAUCUGCACCGGGCACAAGGGAAGGUGUCAGGUGACUUAGUCUAGUGCUGCUAUAACAGAAGUACCACAAGUGGAUGGCUUUAACAAAGAGAAAUUUAUUCUCUCAUAGUCUAAUAGGUUACAAGUCCAAAUUCAGGGCAUCUGCUCCAGGAGAAGGCUUUCUCUCUGUUGUCUCUGGAGGAAGGUCCUUGUCCUCGAUCUUCCUGUGGUCAAGGAGUUUCUCAGGUGCAGGGACCCUCUGCUCCUGGUGCUGCUUUCUUGGUAUGAGGCCCCCAUGUCUCUCUGCUUGCUUCUCUCUAUUAUAUUUCAAGAGAUAGCCUCAAGACACAAUCCGAUCACAUAGGUUGAGUCCUGCCUCACUAACACAACUGCCGCCCUUCCUCCCUCAUUAACAUCAUAGAGGCAGGAUUCGCUACAUAUAGGAGAAUUACACAGUACCAGGAAUCAUGGCCCAGCCCAACUGAUACACAUGUUUUUGGGGGGACAUAAUUCAACCCAUGACAUUGGGUAGUGGCUCUGACGUCGCUUCCUGGGCUCAAAAUCCCAGCCCCUCCAACUUCCUAGCUGUGCCAUCGGAGGUGACAUUCCUGAGUAACCUCUGUGUCCUCAUUGGAGAAGGUAUAUGACAAUCUUUUCUUAAUAGGGCUGUCAGGUCAAAUGAAUGAUGUGGGUUGAGUAUGCACUCUUGUGUUAGGUGUUACUGUCAUUUUCUUCUUGACAACAACCCCAUGAGGUCAGUAGGAUUCUUGCUUUGUGGAUGAGGAGAUGGCCCAGAGAGGUUUGGUAAGUUCCGAAGACCACACUGGAAGUAGGAGACCUUUCAAAGUCAGGUCAGUCUCACACGGUGUUGUUUAUGAAAUGAUCCUUUUAGCCACGUGGCCUUUUCUUCAAGCAAAAUCUCCCGUGCAAGUGCAAUAUAUAAAAGACAGGAACCAGAUCUCUGUGGGGACCUGAGCCUGCCUGCUGCUUUUCUUUUCUGCUCCUCGCUGCUCCCAGAAGCCCAAAAGGGGUCCUGCAGCAUUUCCUGUGCUCCCUCAGGGCACCUUGCAGACCACUGUCCCAUAUCAGAACUAGGUAUGAACUUUAAGCAGGUAAACAAAAACAAAACAAAAAAACAAACCUGUUGCCAUCGAGUUGAUUCCGACUCACAGUGACCGUAUACGACAGAGUAGAACUGCCCUACAAGGUUUCCAAGGCAUGGCUGGUGGAUUCGAACUGCCGACCCCUUGGCCAGCAGCUGUAGCUCUUAACCACUAUGCCACCAGGGUUGCCUUUAAAUAGGUACUUCUCAGUAAUUCCUUAGAAUAAGUAUUUGUUGAGUGUUAUACCAGUGAACCUUUUACUAGCCAUUCUGGGAUGUAAAGAUGGUCUUGGUGGUUUAGUGAUAGAAUUCUUGCCUUCCAUGCAGAAAACCCAUGAUCUAUGCUGAACAGGUUUCAGCAGAACUUGCAGACUAAGGGUAGGAAGAAACGCCUGGCAACCUACAACUGAAAGCCAGUGGAAACCCUAUGGAUUGUCACGGUCCAGUCUGUAACCAAUCAUGGGGAUGGUGCAGGACCAGGCAACAUUUAGUUCUGUUGUGUAUAGGGUUACCAUGAGUCAGGGGUUGACUUGAUGGCAGCUUACAACAACAUGGGACAGAAACUUAAGACGCCAUUUCUUAAAAGAGGCUUGCCGUCUUGUUGGGGUACCAGAUGAGCAUGUAAUACCCCUCCUCUGCCACUGUGAGUCAUUCUCUUUAUGCUUUUGAACAGGCUUGCUUGAGAGAAGCUUGCCAACAUGUUCCCAGCACCUAGACGUCGUUCUAUCACAUUCUUUUAAGUACUUAAUCUCAAUGGCCAGGUACCCUGAGUCCCCCAGUGGAGCAGGUGACAGUCUAACCAGCUGUGUCACUGCUGCAUAACAAGGUCACCAAUCUCCCAGUCUGGGGUGGGGACUCUACUGUCCCACAUCCUACCUCAGCUGGUCCAUGGUCAUGGGCUGUCACUUGCAGCACCUCAUUGCGGGCACCAGGCUUUCACUUCCUGUCAGAAACUCAAACCUACUUCCUGAGCAGAGCUCAUGCAGAUCUUGUCAAAAGACGAGACCUACCCUUUGAACUUCCUGGGAGUGCUCGGGGUUGUAGGAGUAGGGCCCUGAAAGCAUCAGCAUGUAAGAAAAUACCUUCUGGUUGGACAGAAUUUCCAGUCUGUCAAGGAAACAAGCGUGGAGGCAGGUGGGUCAAAUGGUGAUCAGGGAUUCUCUGUGUGUCAGACUGUCUCUAGUUGCUAACCCUGACUGACUAGCUUGCAGAUUCCCCAGGUGACAGAGUAGCUGGUAUUAACAUCUCCAAGCCCUUAGCAAGAAGCAGCUGUGGUCCUUGGCUUACAGGAAUGGGAGAGGGUUCCAAAUAAGGCAGACUGCAGGAAUGGGGGAGUGUUUCAAAUAAGGCAAAGUCAACAUGCCUGUGUACACAGCAAGUGCUCCAAAGUGCCAAGUGGUGGUGACAUUAACAAGUCUAAUAGCAACCCUGUGUGAUGUGUGAUUAUCCACAUCUUAGGUGAAGAAAAAGGUUCAGAGAGGUUGGGUGAUAUAACCUAGUCAGUGAGCAGAACUGGGGGCACUAGCACAGGUAUAUAUGGGUUCCACACAGGGUCUGCCCACAGGCUAGGGUGAUGACUUACCUAGAGGACAGACCUAAGAACUAAUCUCACAAAGUGACAUUUACCCCCAGCAUUUGUGUCUGAUUUGAGUUUAAAUGCACAAGGUGGGACGGGUUUGUGGCCCUGGGACAAGCUGCCAUUCACAAGCCCGUGUGCUGGGUGUUGUACGUGGUUAGAAAGAGCUUGGCAGUAGCCACAGGUGCACGUGGUGGGUGGCUGGCACAGGAGUGGGGUGCCUUGUCACUGAGGUAUGUGCUGGAAUCCUGGAGUGUGGAGGGGAUGCGGCCUCAGAUGCAGGAUGUUGCCAACAGUGCUUUGAGGUCCCUCUCAGCACCCAGAUUUUGUGCUGUGAAUCUUAAUGUGGGCCACUCUGUUUCUUCUUCUGUGAUCAUAACCAUAUCCUAACCCCGCCUUUGCCGCCUCACAACGGAGUGUCUUUAUAAGGGGCCUGAGUGGUAGAAAAGGUGGUAGUGAGAUGAGGCAGUGCUUGGUUCCCCUCCAGUACGAGAUGGCCACAGCCUCUGUUCCCUCAGGCAGAAUGGAGACGAACAGCGCCCAAUUCAAGGGCUGCUGCAAGAGUUGCACGAGGCAGUGAGCCAAGAGGUGCUCGGUAAGUGGUACCAUCACUAACAAGUGUCAUUGUUUUUGUAAAAUGGGCUGAUAAGCAGUAUCUGCCUCAGAGUACCUGGCACACAGGAAAAAGCUCAAAAGAUGGUAACGGAGAGGAUGUGGAAGGCAAAGAUGAGGAGGGUAUUACGGGAAAUUGUGGGUUUCUCUCUCAUAUACGUGGUGUGGAAGUGGAAUUCUCUAAGUUGGCUUGGGGUUUUAGGGCAGAAAGUAUAUUCACUUUUCUGGGUUGUGGUUCCCCCCAUUAAUUGGUAUCUAUUCCAAUAUAAGAACAACAGCACCCACUUAUUUAACAUUUGUUGUAUCUUGGACACUGUGGCGUAGUGGUUAAGAGUUUGGCUGCUAACCAAAAGGUUGGCAGUUCAAACCCACCAGCUGCUCCUAGGAAACCCCAUGGGGCACUUCUACUGCAGGGUCACCAUGAGUCGGAAUCGACUUGAUAGCUGUGAGUUUGGUUUUUUGGUUGGACGCUGUGAUAAGCACUUGCCUUUGCCUUAUAACCAUCCUUGCCAGCUAGUUCCCAUUUAGCUGACCAAGGUAAUGCAUCUAGUUGGCGGUGCAGCCAGGAUUUUAACCCAGGCAGCUGUACUCCAGGGCUUAAUGCUUGUAACCACUAAGCACUGUCCUCAGAGCCAGAAUUCUACAAAGAUCAGGUGUCCAUGGUUAAAGCAGCGUUGCGGGUCAGGAGCUGGGCUACCUAUCUGUUCGUAGGUGAGGAAUAUCCAGGCAUUCCAGGUCAGAGCCAGGAAGGCCACUGGAUGGCAGCCAGCCAGCAGCAGAAACUAUAGGGCACAUGGAGAGGAGACCAGAGCUGAGGAGUUCCUAGAAACCAGGAGGGUAGGGCACAGCUGAGGUAGCCCUCAAUUGCAUGCCCCGAGUAAAGAAAAGGAGGAGGGAGAAUUACCGAGCUCCCAUUGUGUGCCAGGUGCUCACACAGAUAAUGGAGAGAGCACUUUGUAAACCGUCCUAGUGCCAUGAUUUACCAGUUUCCUAACCUGCAGUCCUGCCAUGCCCAUCGUGUCAAGGUGAGAUCAGGCAGGCAUUGCCUAGAACAGAGAGUCCCCUGGGUAAGGAAGAAGGAGGAUAUGACUUGGGGGAAAUUCCACUAGAAAGAAAGUGGCCCAGAGGAUGGUUCUGAGGGGCUGGGGCUAGAGUGAGGAUGAGCCAGGUCCCUGGGAAGGGAGUACCUCCCACACCCACUGUUGGAGUUAGUCAAAAGUGUGUGUGGGGAGGGUGAGCAAGAUGUUGGCAAUGCCAAUAGAAAGCCCAGCUGGUUGAGGUAGACUGAGAACAUGGGACUGGUUCCACACAGCAUGGGAAUGGUAGAAACAAGGCCCUGUCUUCUCCCUCCCUUGUGGAAAGAAUCCUGACUCUUCUGAAGAGAUGCUGGCUGGGCAGCUUUGGUAGGCUGUCACCAAGGGGAGGAGCAGGGUGCACAAGGGUCCUGGGGCUGAGGCUGCAGGUUGGACUACCCAGCCUGGAGCCAAGAGGAUGCUGUAGCUAGACCUCAGGGGAACUGUGGCUUUGGUGGGAGGCAAGGCAGGGCAUGCAGUGGUUGGCUAUCACCCAGGCUGGACCAAGAGCAGACUCCUUGUUACCCACCGUGGGUGCUCAGCAGUGGGUGCAGGGGAUAUAGAGGCUGACACCUGAUACCAGGUGACAUGAGUCACUCCCCAUGACAGGAGCUUCCCCUGGAUCCAGAUGUCGCUUUGGGGGAAGAAAAUGAGAGGAGGUAACAGUUCCUGUACGGAAUGGGAACUUUGGACUGUCUAAAGACUUACCUGAAAGAGCCAGACUUAGAUUGAAGAAGACCAUCUUAAGUGGAAAGAGACUGGAUUUUAAAUUGACAGCUUUUUCAGAAACGGUGAUUAGUUAAUAGACGAUAAUGCUUACUUGCACAUCUGAGUUUAGUGCAUACAUUUUGAUUUUGUUACACACAUCCGUUAUCUCAUGAAAAAAAAAAAAACAAGGACACCCCUGGGAAAUG